AUGACAUUCGUGAGGAGCAGCAUUCUACCUGGAAGCAAUCAAUGGACAUCCCCAGUUCCCUACGUCUUGGAUGAAGGCCUGGACCUGAGAGCUAAAGGAGUCAUCAUGAGAGCUUUUGACCAGUUCAGAGUGAAGACAUGCAUUGAUUUCAAGCCCUGGGACUCAGAAGAUUAUUACAUCCACAUCAAAAAGCUGGACGGAUGUUGGUCAUAUGUUGGUCGAACAUACUCCAACGGACAGGACCUCUCUAUUGGUGCAGGCUGUGACUACAUUGCCAUUGUUGAACAUGAGCUUCUUCAUGCUCUUGGCUUCUACCAUGAACAGUCUAGAUAUGACAGAGAUGAUUAUGUACGGAUUGUAUACGACAAUAUCAUAGCAGGUAGAGAGUAUAAUUUCAACAAAGUUGAAAGUGAUGUAAGCACCACCCAUGGAGUCCCCUAUGACUACAUGUCAGUGAUGCACUACGGCAAGGAUGCAUUCAGCAAUGGCAAUGGCAAUGGCACAACAAUUAUUACCAUCGACCCUAAGUACCAAGAUGUGAUUGGUCAAAGGCUUGACAUGAGUCCUAGUGAUGCUCUAGAGCUGAACCUCCUCUACAACUGCAACACAACUAUUGCCUUCAAAUUUUACUGUGGCUUUUCUGAUGGAUCAAUGUGUCAGAUGAGCCGCUCUUCAGGGGGUCAGAGUGGAUGGGAAGUGGUUACCCAAGCGCAAGGGGGUCCAAGCUCUGACCACACCACUCUACCAAGUGGAAGUGAAGAUUAUGGUCAACAAACAGGGUACUUCAUCCAUGUGAGCACAACAUCAGGACAAGAGGGAGAUUCAGCUCGACUGGAAACAAAGGUAGUGAAGCCGACCAGGGCAUGUAAUGUCCAGUGUCUGCAGUUCUACUAUUUCCACAGCGGAAAUACGUUAGAUGAACUUAAUAUCUGGAUCAGAGAGUUUCAGAAUGAGCAGGACACCACAGGAACUCUCCGCCUUAUGGGACAAAUUACUGGUUCACCAACAUCUCACUGGAAGUUCCACCAUGUUUCCUUGAAUGCCACCAAGGACUUCCAGGUGGUGUUUGAGGUUCGGAAAGGAGCAGGAAACUCCACAGGAGGUUUCUCAAUUGAUGACAUCAAUCUCUCAGAGACAGAGUGUCCACACUUUGCCUGGCAGAUUGAUGACUUGGAGAUUCUUUUAAACACAAGCAGUUAUGGAGCCAGUAUGACCAGCCCACGACAAUUCUCCAAAGACGGCUAUGCAUACCUUCUAAUUGCUGUACUUUACAAAACAUAUGUUUCAAUGUUCGUGCAGCUCUUGUCUAGUAAGAAUGACGACCAGCUGCAAUAUCCUUGUUUCCAAAGACACAUGAUUUUCCAGUUGCUGGAUCAAACCCCGAACAAGCAACUGCAAAUGUCCAAGGAAAUUACUCUAGUAUCUGCUGGUGGUGAGUUUACAAUGAAAUAUUUACUUGUCUGGGGCAAUCCCAGGGAGACUGGAUAUGCAUCGUUUUAUGAGAAUGGAGAAUUAGUCUAUGCUGGAAAAAGUGCGGCAGGAUUCUCACCCGUUGCCACAUUACAAGAAUUGCAAUCCAGAGAGUUCCUCAAGGGAGGAAGUGCCAUUUUCAUGUUCAACUUUGAAGAUCUCACCCCACUAAUCAAUGGAACUAGUCUACCAUGUCCUGCACGAACCUCCACCAUCGUUCCACCACCCGGUCCUACAACAAAUCACAGGACUUCUUCUUUCACCCAUCCACCUCCUACAACUGAGAAGAGAAUCUCAUCCACCAUCUUUCCACCACCUCCUGGAACGACGGAUGACAGAAUCUUCCCCACCAACACUCCACCACCUGCUACGACAGAUGAUGACAGCAUUUUUGACUUCUGUCCUGGUAUGGUGGCCUCUCCCAUCCUCGCUGUCCUGCUGGCGUUGAUCCUUCUGCUGUCAUAAUGUACACCUCUCAUGUAAAUCUUCUGUGUCUGCAUAGGCAGCAAAAUAAUUAGAAAUGUCUCCCAGCAAUGCAUAUAUGUUGUAAUGACAGUGUAAGUUGACAUCUUGUUCUAAAAAUGUGAGUUCAUUGUGCAAAAACAAACUGGGAAGAUAUGCAUUGCUUUAAGAAAUCGGCGUAUAAUGCCUGAACUUGUAGCUCAUAUUCAACAAUAUUUGGUGAUGGGACUUUAUUUUUAUUUGG